AUGGCAUCCCAAGCAGCGUGUAUCUUCUGCAAGAUAAUCAAAGGCAAGUUUCUCAUCACUGUGCUUGCGUUUUUGGAUAUUAAUCCUUUGUCCAAGGGUCAUGCUCUCGUAAUCCCCAAACACCACGGCGAGAAGUUGGUCGAUAUUCCCGAUGAUCAAUUAGAGGAGAUUCUGCCCGUAGUAAAGAAACUCGUCGUAGCAACCGGUGCGGAAAACUACAAUGUGCUUCAGAAUAAUGGACGUAUUGCGCAUCAGGAGGUUGAUCACAUCCCCAAACCCUCCACCGAAGAAGGAUUGUCCAUCGGCUGGCCGCAACAAAAAACCGACAUGGACAAACUAAAAGCUCUCUUUGCAGAGAUAAAAUCAAAGAUGUAA